GCUUGGAUUGUCAGUUCAAACGGGACAGUCAUAUUUAAUAAGUGGAUUAUUGACACUGCAGGAUUUGCUAUUCUUCUAACAGGCUGGCACCUUCUUUUCGCAUCCAUCAUAACACAAAUCCUUGCACACACCACCAAACUUCUCGACAGUCGACAUGACUUAUCCAUCAACCGUCGCUUCUACUUCCGUACUAUCAUCCCGAUCGGAAUUGUCUCCUCGGGUUCCCUCGUCUGCGCCAAUGUUGUCUACGAGUACUUGUCUGUGGCAUUCAUCCAGAUGCUCAAGGCCGGAUCACCUGCUGUCGUGCUCUUCGUGUCAUGGAUCUGGGCCGUGACUACACCCACCGUGGGUAUGGUUGUCAACAUCGCCGUCAUUGUUUCUGGAGUCGCGAUGGCUAGUGCGGGUGAGAUUGCCAUCUCAUGGACCGGAUUCGCUUAUCAGGCUGCCGGUUUGGUGUUUGAGGCUGUCAGAGUUGUGAUGCUGCAGGUCAUGCUGGGUGGUGAAGGUAUGGCCAUGGACCCUCUGGUCUGUCUUUACUAUACUGCCCCGGUUUGUGCUUUGGUCAACCUUACCAUGGCCCUUGCUAUUGAGCUGCCGCGUUUCCAAUUUGACACGGCGAUGAGCGUUAGCCCGCCAAUCCUGCUUGCCAAUGCUGCCGUCGGCUUUACUGUUAACUUUACUAGUAUGGUCUUGAUUGGCAAGACGUCUGGUCUGGUUACGACACUCACCGGCAUCUUUAAGAACAUCCUACUCAUCGCCUGCUCAACCGCCAUCUGGCGCACCGAAAUCACACCCAUACAAAUAUUCGGCUACAGCGUCAGUCUGAUGGGUCUGACCUACUACGCCCUCGGCGUCGACAAGUUGAUGGCAGCCUGGACAUCUUUGCAAUCCAGAGCUGCAGGUGGUUACACUCUGCUUAAGGAGCGCACUACCUCAUACAGACUUGUGGUUGGCCUUAGUAUUGGAAUCUUCCUUUGCUUUAUUACUGGCAUUCUGUUUUGGUGGCAGAGGGGUUUUGGAAUAGAAAUGUCCCUAUUUUCUAGUUCUGGCUAG